AUGUUCGCGCUACGAGGGAUAAUUGCUGCGUUGGGCGUUGCUGCGUUCGCGCAUGCUGGGUAUGAGAAGCGCAAUGGCACAGAGGCGUUUGCGGCGAAUUUGCUGCAGGAGUCGAUGAGCUGGAUGGACAUGUACUAUGAUAGCGAAAGAGGAUAUUUGUUCAAUCUGGAUGCGGCGGCGUUGACGCAUGAGACGAGAGCGAGUGUGUGGUAUGCGGCGGGGUUGUUGGCGAGGAAUCAAGCGGAUGACGUGGAGCAGGCAGUUCGGAUUGUGAAGAAUGUUGUUGGAGCGCAAUUUAAGAAUGAGAGUCAGCAGUGGUAUGCGGACUAUCAGAUCUAUCCUGAAGAACCUACUGUGGGAACCGUGCAAUAUCCGGCGAAGAUAUACAACUCGUGGGAUCCGAACUGGCGCGGCUUUGUGGGCACCACGUUCGUUGUUAUGUUGGAGGAGUUCGCGCAUCUGCUGCCAGAGGAUGUGCAGGAGUACAUGAUGGAGAGCCUCUACAACACGACCAUUGGCGAUAGCUACCGCGUAGGAGGUCUGGACGACGACAAUCUAUACCCAGCCUACAGCAAUCCGUCCAUCAUGCGCGCAUUCGUAUCUGGUUGGGUCGGACGCCGCAGCAACGACUCAAACAUGACAGUAGCUGGCGAAGCAUAUGCAAAGGACAUCAUCGACCUGUUUAAACGCGACAACACGCUUUCGGAGUUCAACUCGGGCACAUAUGCUGGAGUCUCACUCUUCGCAAUGACUCUGUGGGCAAAGUACAUGCCACAAGACAGUCUGAUGGGACAAUACGGACCUGAGAUGAUUCGCCAAACCUGGACUUCGCUCGGACAGCUGUACAACGCCAACCUCAGAAAUGUCGCAGGUCCCUGGGACCGAAGCUACGGCUUUGACAUGAACCGCUACCUCAGCAUCCUCGCCCUUCAAAUGUGGACGCUCGUCGGCAAAGAUGCUGCACCCAUCCAUCCAAAACCCUACGCAAUGGGCCAUAAAGACGACUUCGCCAUCUCCCCCCUCGUCGCCAUCCUCGCCCCCUACCACAAUACCCUCGUUCCCAAUUCCACCCUCUCCGCACUCACAUCUUUCCCCGGCACCCACACCGUGCGCACAUCCGCCUUCUCCCCUCCCUUCGACACGUACCCGCGCAACAUCACCGCCUGGCUCUCGCCCAACCUGACCAUCGGCGCCGAAUCUUUCGCCGAAAACGUCAUCGGCGGACCCGCUAAAAAUCCCAACUCGUUCAAUCCGGCGGUCGUACAAUGGCUGCGGUCUGAUGGGAGCGUCGGCUGGCUAUCCUUGUACGCGCAGACUUACGCGCUCGACGUCGAUGUCGGGCCUGGGUAUCUGGAAGUCCGAUACCCGCAGGGCAAUGUGUCGAGUUCGUUUAGCUUUUUGGUGGGCACGAAUGGGUGGGACGGGAAGCGGGAUGUUGGGGGUUGGGAGGAUGUAGAAGGGGUAAAGGUAAAUGUCACGGGCAGUGUGGAUUUGAAGGUGGGAGUGGAGUUUGGCGGGUAUGUUGGGGGGAUGUGGAAGCCGGUGAAUGAGUUUGAGUUUUGGAAUUUUACUUAUGGGAUGGCGAAGGGGAGUGCGGAGAGGCCGUGGGUUAGGUUGGAGGUUGAGACAGUGUAG